AUGAAGACAACCGCAAUCUGUGUCAGCCUUUUGGCGGUGGGGGCCUCGGCGCAUAUGCAAAUGAUGAAGCCGUAUCCUAUCCGCAGUCCGUUGAACAAGGACAGCAGCGAGCAAAAGGACUAUUCCUACACGAAUCCACUGGAUUCAUCCGGGUCGAACUUUCCCUGCAAGGGCUAUGCCAACGAUCCAUUCACAUCCCAAGCAAGCUACUCGCCGGGACAGACUUACGAGCUCGAGCUCGACGGCAGCGCAGUCCAUGGGGGAGGCUCUUGCCAGAUCUCGCUGACGUACGAUCGUGGCAAGACUUUCAAAGUGAUCGAGUCAAUGCUUGGCGAAUGUCCCAUCUCCAAAAACUACUCGUUCCAGAUUCCAUCUGACGCACCCAGUGGUGAGGCUCUGCUUGCUUGGACCUGGUUCAACAAAGUUGGAAACCGAGAGAUGUACAUGAACUGUGCAAUGGUGACCAUUGGUGGAUCAACCACCAAGGGCACCAAGAGCGACCCGGACAGAGUGAACACCCAGUCCGCCGACAGUUCAUUCUGGCCAAACGAGUACAAAAACCACACCUUCCACGGUCCUCCGGGCCACCAUGGUCACCCAGGCCAUCGGCCUCAAGUUCCUGGUAUGGUGCCACGAGAGGUGUCGGAGGCAGCCAUGGCGAUGGAUUCAUCCAUCUCAUCCGCGACGACCGCCUUUGACAGUCGGCCCGCCAUGUUCGUCGCCAAUGUGAAUCAAGCGGGUGGUUGUGUGACCGUGGAAGGCGAGGAAGUCGAUUUCCCUCAACCGGGACCCAAUGUGGUCGGCAAGAUUGAUACCAGCGGUAAAGGCUACAAGUGCAGUGGAGAUGCACCCUUCCUCAGUAGUGGCACUGGCAGUACUGGUGGAAGCAGCGGUUCGAGUAGCAGCGCUGCCCCGUCAACUCUGGCCACGUCUGCAGCCCCGGCGACAUCAUCCUCGUCCAUGAGUUCAUCCUCCACGAAUGCCCCCGAGGCCAAGGGUACCUCCUCCUCGUCUGCGUCUCCAGCGACGAGCGACACCCCAGCCUCGGCUGCUUCAACAACAGCCACCAGCGGUUCCGACACCACUGCCGACGGCACUAUGAUCAGCCUCGCUCAACUGGCCCAGUUGGUUUCAUCUCUUUCGUCUGCGGCAGCAGCUCCCACGGCCGACAAUCGUGUGACGGGCGACCUCCACCACGAGGUCGCCUCCACCAACGCUGCCUUCUCCAGUUACGUUGAGCAGUGGCCCUGUGGUGUUGGAGAGUUGCUGUGUUCUCCGGACGGAAGUACCUGGGCCAUGUGCUCCAACGGACGUCCCAUCUAUAUGGGUCCUGUCGCUCGCGGCAUGUCCUGUCAACUCGGUCACAUGGUUCGAGCAGCUUAG